UCGCUUACCCACAAUCCGCCGCGGCGCCUCAACUUACAGAUCGGGCUUCUUGGGCUUCGGGAGUGUUUCCCAUUUAAACAAACAGUGCCGAAGAUGGCGGAGAGUUAAUGGUGUAAAGAAGAAUUUAUCGAUCCAACGGAGAGACACGUCCGUAAGCGCCACCAGGUUCCAUGUAGUGGCUCUCACACGCGAUCUCGCCCUCAGAGCUGACUUUUGGCAUGGGACACUCCUGGUCACUACUUACACAGCAUCCAGACUACGCUGACCAGUCAGCAUAAAGACAACCUCCCCACAGUGAGGGGAAGACAGGAUCUGAUCGUCCAUCAUCCCUGCACCGUCACAAGGUGCUGCUAUGUGUACACGAUGAGCGGAUUGGGGGAGAACUCCAUGGAGCCUCUCAGUUCAGAAACACGGAAACGCAAGCUGUCCACUUGCGAGACGCCUGGUCCGGGGUGUGAGAGGAAGCGACGGGAGCAGGAAAGCAAAUACAUAGAGGAGCUGGCGGAGCUGAUCUCUGCCAACCUCAGUGACAUCGACAGCUUCAACGUCAAACCAGACAAAUGUGCCAUUCUCAAAGAGACCGUGCGCCAGAUUCGCCAGAUCAAAGAGCAGGGAAAGGCGUCAUCCAAUGACGAUGACGUCCAGAAGUCGGACGUGUCCUCGACAGGUCAGGGGGUCAUUGACAAGGACCAUCUGGGGCCACUCCUGCUGCAGGCGCUCGACGGCUUCCUCUUCGUGGUGAACCGGGAGGGCAGCAUUGUGUUCGUGUCGGACAACGUGACGCAGUACCUGCAGUACAAACAAGAGGAGCUCAUCAGCACCAGCGUGUACAACAUUCUCCACGAGGAUGACAAGGAGGAGUUCCACAAGAACCUGCACAAGAGCAACAUAAAUGGCGUGUCGUGGGGGAGCGAGGCCACUCGCCACAGUCAUACCUUCACUUGCCAGAUGUUGGUCAAGUUCUGCCAUGCCCAUGGCCACAUGGAGGACGGCCCAGGAGGGCCACGCUACGAGACCAUGCAGUGUUUUGCUCUUACUCAGCCCAAAGCCAUGAUCGAGGAGGGGGAAGACCUACAGUCAUGUAUGAUCUGUGUGGCCCGUCGGGUGACAGCUAUGGAGAGAACGGAGAGCUUCAACACUCGCCACGAGCUCUCAGGUAAACUGAUCCAGAUUGACCAGAACUCUCUGCGCGCGUCGAUGCGUCCUGGCUGGGAGGAUCUGCUGAGGCGCUGCAUUCAGAUGUUCCUGCAGCACAGUGACGGGCAACCUUGGUCACACAAACGCCACUACCAUGAGGCCUUCUUGCAGGGCCACGCCGAGACGCCACUGUAUCGCUUCUCUCUGUCGGACGGCACUCCCGUCACAGCCCAAACGAAGAGUAAACUAUACCGGCACCCAAUGAGCAAUGAGCCACAAGGCUUCAUUUCCACUCACCUGCUGCAGAGAGAGCCGAACGGAUACCGUGCAACUCAGGGUGGAAGUAUGAUGCCAAACGCUAUGAGACCACAGGGAAUGGGAGGCCCGAACCCAAAUGCCCAAAUGAACAUGAAUGCCGGUGGAGGGGUGGGCAUAGGUGGCAUGGGCAUGAACAGGGGCUUCGGCAUGAAUGAGCAGGGUCAUAUGGGUCACAUGGGUCCAGUGGGAGGCGGCUCUAUGUAUGGAGGCGGCGGUGGAGGCAUGGGCAACCGCAUGAUGCAGAUGAAUCAGAUGGGGCAGAUGAAUCAGGUGGGCCACAUGAAUCAGAUGUCUCCCAUGAAUCACCCAGGCCAAGGCAUGCAACAGCCCCCGUUUCAGAGCAGCGGUGGCUUCGGCCUCAGCGGCAUGAACACUCCGUCGGGAAGCCCCAGAAUGGGUGGCCCCCAGCAGGGGCUCCUGAUGUCGCCUCGGAACCGAGGGAGCCCAAAGAUGGGCGCCAAUCAGUUCUCACCUGGAGGCAUCCACUCUCCUAUGAGUGCUAUUGGGAGUGGUGGAGGAAGUGGCGGCAGCAUAACCACAUUCUCCAGCAGCUCUCUGAAUGCCCUACAAGCCAUCAGUGAAGGAGUGGGGAGCUCCCUCCCCUCUACCCUAACAUCCCCCUCUCCUGCCAACAAACCAGAGAACUCUCCUAGCAUUCAUUCCUCCUCCUCCACUCAGCCCAGUCAGCCAGCCAAACCGGGGCAAGAUGGUUCUAAAAGCCCUGCAGGGGGUUUAGGGCCUGUUUCUGGAGACCUUCACCACUCCAUGCACCAUCACCACCAUCAUCAGCAUCCUCAGGCUGAGAGUUCUGGAGACCACCCAGACAGCCAGGCAGCUACAGCAGCUAAAGAGGCGGCAGAGGGAAGCAGCGAUGCAGGAGUGACGGGCUCUGAACCAUCUCGGAAGGUGCCAGAUAGCAAGGGGCAUAAAAAACUGCUGCAGUUGCUGACCUCACCAACUGAGGAACUGGGGAUGGGUGGCAGUGGGCCAGCAGGUCCCCCUCUGCCACCGCCACCACCAGCCAGGAGCAGCACUCCUGCAGGCUCAGACAGUAAGGACCCCACUGGAGGCAUGACUAGUCCUUCGUCUACAGGAGUUUCCUCCUCUUCAUCAGCCACUGGCAAUCCAGGCCAGGGCAACGGGACAGGAGUGGUGUCAGCAGCACUAUCAGCAGCCCACUACACAGGCUCACUGCAAGAGAAGCACAAGAUCCUUCACAAGCUGCUUCAAAAUGGCAAUACCCCAGAUGAGGUAGCCAAAAUCACAGCCGAGGCCACUGGUAAGGUGACACUUGGAAAUCAGGAGGGCAGUGAGGUUGGGACCGGAGCAUCUGGGGUUGGGGCUGGGUCUGGGAUGAUCACAGAGCCCAAACAGGAGCAGCAGAGCCCCAAGAAGGAGAAAACCCAUGCACUCCUCCACUACCUCCUCAACAAGGACGAUUCCAAAGAGCCGGUGGACAUCAAACCCAAACUUGAAGAGCUAGAGGGGAAAGGAACUCCUGGUGUUGCCAGUGGCCCUCCAAGGAAUGGCCCUGGGUCUGGACCCGGCUCUGCACCUGAGCAUCAUGAGAGCAAGAUCAAGUCAGAACCACCUGAUGAUCUACACAACCUGGAAUCUAUUCUGGGAGAUCUGAGGGGUUCAAGUUCUGACUUUUACCCAGACCAGGCUGGAAAUGUAGGGGCUAGUGACCCCGGAAACAAACCCCAGGGGUGCCUUGACGACAGCCUACGGGGGAGCCCAGGGGUGCCUAUGGGACCACGGGGGCCCUUCCAGAGGACCAUGUCCAUGGACGGGAAGCCUCCUGGUGGGCCUGGAGGAGCAGGUAGACGCCCCAUGCUAAUCAAGCAGGAGGACAUGAUGGGCAGCCCCGAUAACUACCCAGGAGCCAUAGCAGGGCCCAUAAAUAGGGGCAUGGCGCCCCAAAGGUCUCCUAUGGGUGGAUCUGGUGACUGGGGGAUGCCCCGCUCCAGUGCCAGCCCUGUGGGCUCGGCCGGACACCCUUCCAUCAUGCGCUCAGGCAUGGAGUACAACAAUGGGAAAGGCAUGAUGCCUGGACCCAUGGUCAACCGGUCCAACAGUGUACCCGGAGCCAGGUCUAUGCUUCAGCAGCAGCUCAUGGAUAUGGGAGGCUCUGCUGACAUGGGGAUGGGGAUGAGCCCCUUCAGCCAGCAGGGCCAGCCCAACCAGUCCCCUUCAUGGACAGAAACCAUGAUGGGCUUGGAGGGCAACAGGCGACAGUUUGGCAACACCUUGGAUGAUCUUCUGGUGCCUCCAACCACCAGUGAGGGUCAGAGUGACGAGCGGGCGCUCCUGGAUCAGCUGGACUCUCUGCUGAAUAACACCGACGGAAUAGCUCUGGAGGAGAUAGACCGCGCUUUGGGCAUUCCAGACCUUGUCAGCCAGACGCAGGGGGCAGAGCAGCAGAUGGAGCCUUUUCCAGGACAGGAUCCAUCAAUGGUGCUUGAGCAGAAGCCUCUGUACGGACAGGGGUAUCCCGGACCCCCCACCAUGCCGCUGCCGUCUGGCUACGGAGGAAAUCCCAUGCAGGGUCAGGGCCAGCAGGGUGGAUUUGGGCCCAUGCUCUCACAAAUGGGACAAGGUGGAAGUUUCCCUGGUAUGGGGGGAAUGGGGGGCAUGGGUCACCCUCGUGCCAACAUGAUGAGACCCAGGAUGAUAAGUGCCAACAAGCCCAUGAGGCUCCAGCUGCAACAGAGGCUGCAGGGACAGCAGUUCAUGAAUCAGACACGGCAGACCAUGGGCAUGAAGAUGGAGAACCCAGGAGGAAACCCAGGGAUGAGGCCUGUCAUGCAGCCUGGCAUGGGAGGACAGCAGGGCUUCAUCAAUGCUCAAAUGAUGGCUCAGCGCAGCAGGGAGAUGCAGAUGAGAAGGCAACGCAUGAUGAUGCUGAUGCAGCAGCAGCAGCAGCAGCAGCAGGCGGCAGCGGCAGCCGCAGCUGCAGGGGGAUUCAGUCCUCCUCCAAAUGUCACGGCUCCUGGUGGCAUGGACAACCCGAUGGGGGGUCCAAACAUGGGCCAGCCGGGCCCCCAGCAGUUCGGCUAUGGUGGGAAUUAUGGGAUGGGACAGCAAGGAGACCCCUCGUUUGGCCCAUCAGGAGGCAGUCCUCCCAACGCCAUGAUGCAAGGCCGCCUGGGGCCUCAGAACCCCAUGAUGCAACAGCAUCCACAGGGUGGUCCCAUCUACCAAGGUGCAGAUAUAAAGGUCUGGCCGCAGGGAGGCAUGGGACGCAGCAGCUCCUACUCGCAGCAGCAGUUCGGGCAGCAGGGACAUCCAGGGCAGCAGCAGUUCGGGCAGCAGGGGAAUCCAGGGCAGUAUGGGGGUAUGAUGAUGAACGGGGGCAUGGCGGCCAGCGGAGGAGGAGGACACAUGGGCCAGAUGGGAGGACAGAUGGGGAUGAACCCGAUGGUGAUGGGACGCAUGCCCAUGGGGCCCGAUCAGAAAUACUGCUGAUCAUGGCGACGGACGCAGUCGUCUCACUGUGACCCGUGACCUUCGGUCAGAAGUAGGACAUGGCUGCAUCGCUGGUGUGCGUCCGAACCACCUCCACCAGACGAUGGAGUGAACUUCCUUUGGACUCACGGACAGUAGCAGCUGUCUGAUACACUGAUGAAAACACAGCGUUCGUGAAGAUCUGAAGCACUGUGACUCAUUCGCCCUCAGAACAGCUCCGUUGCCCCUUCUUGUAGAUUGUAGUGGAUUAUUGCUCCCUUUACGAGCCGCCCGCUCGCCCCGCGAAGCGCCCGGGCCGGCGCUCGCUGGACCAAACGGUGAAGGUGGACCCGCAGCCUCGGACCAACACAUGACGACAGAACCCCCCCCCACCGUCGAAUGUACCACGAAGCUGUGUUUCUGAACUUCUCUGCUGCCGCUCCCGGAGGAUCUCUGCCACAUUCAGUGAACACGGAUCCAGCUGCGGAGCCUUGAGAUUGUGACAGUCGGAUGAAUGUCGUUAAGCAGUAGCACAUAGUUUCGUCCUCCGAGAAGCUGCCGGGUUAAAGUACGACUGAAUAACUUGUUGGCUGAUUGCACUUUAAGGAAAGGCCAACAUCAGAAAGGAUUGUGGCAAUAUAGAGGCCUUUACCCAAGAAUCAAUGCAUAGCAGCAGACAUUUUCUGUAUUGUUUGCGUGCUUGCGUGUGUGUGCGUGCGUGUUUGCGUGUGUGUGUGUUCUCCUAGUUUUUCUCUUUAAGCAGUGGAGGUUGUUGAUUGCUAAUGGGUAACCUUCAUGAUCUUUGUUUUGAAAUGGGAACCAGUAGAAAGGCAGUAAGCACAGAUUUUAUUCUCUCGUCUCCAGUUACCAAUUUCAAACACCCUUCUAAAAUCAUUCAUGAAACAAACACACGCACUUAUAUUCAUACAGAUUCACGCGCUGGUGGUUUGAUCCUGACAGAAGUCAUUUUUAAAGCUGAAUGUUUACGAUUCUUGGACCCCAACACCGAUUUCCAGUGUUACUAGAGGUUGAUUGAUAGAAUAAAACUCAUUGCCAAUGUCUGUAUUACCUCACACAACAGGAGCGUUCCACUUCAGUGUCAGUGUGCAGAUUUUUAGCAAUAAUCCUUCCUCCUGGUUUUCCUCUGAGGACAAAGCUGAAGCAUCAUUUACUCAACGCGAUGGUACUGCAGUAUUAGACAUAAUGUCUUAUUUGGAGAUUUUGUUUUCUCUUGUCUGUGAAUAUUAAUUGUAAAUACUCUUCAAAUGUACUAUAUAUAAAUAUAUAUAUGCUUUUGUAGGUCACUUACUGUUUUUGCACAAAUUGUAAGGCUUGAUAUUUAAAAGUGUAAUUUUCUUAUUCUGUCAUAGGUCAGCUUUUAUUUUCAAUAGCAGUUGAAAAGGAAGGGCCUCCUUUUUGUAAGCAGUACAUGUAGAUUUCUUUCUUACUGCCUCUUUCUUUCUCUUCAAAAGCACUUUUUUAAUUUGUGAUCUUCAGAUGAUGAAUUUCUCUUUAUUUUCUGAGGAUAUCGUUUUAGCUGAAGAGGUGCUGGUGAUUUACUUUGUUUAUUAAUUAAUUUAUUUUUGUUUUUAACAAGACAAAAGAAAACACAAAAUAUACCUGUGGGGGAAAAGAGUUGACACAUGAUUGUGUUUGGCUUUUAGGGGCCCAGCUGUCAGAUCAGCGUGAGCUUAAUAUUUUCCAGACUGAACCUCAUGCGUCCAUGUGUGUUUCGUUUCACUCGUUUAGGUUUCUGUGCAUUGUUAAUUGGAUUCUUUAGCUCCAGAUAUGAGACUUUGGACACAGCUCCACUGUGUAAAUGUCCACUCGUCCUUUUCAUUUGUUCACUGAUGUUUAAUGCUGACAGAACGAAGGAGUUUAAAAUUCCUAAUUCCCUCUGUACUCUUGACAAGUGUUUUUGAGUUUUAUUAUGAUAUUUGCGUUAGCCUUUUGUUUGAUGUAUUUCCUGUGAAGCUUUCAGCUCAUGCUCAAUCCAAAGAUUUUCUUUGUCAUUCUGCCAGUGUGUAGCAGCAGUUCCUGAUGUAGAUCGUGCAAGUACCUGUGUGCUUUUACUGUUACACAUAACCGCUAUAAUAUAUGUUGAAUUGAAUAUGUUUAAUUGCGUAUAUGAUAUCCCCAUCCAUAUGACAUUGAGUAGAGUCUGGUUCUGCUGAGGUGGUUUGAGUUUUUGUGGUUGUUUCUUACUUUCUGUAGAACUUAUGGCCAGUUGAGUUGUGGUGCUGCGAAUUAUAAUGGAGAAUGUUUUAUUUUAGAAAGGACGUUUUAAUAAUUGAUGUUAUUGGAGUUUUAAUCCCAAACCUAUUGAAAAUUAUCGAGCUUGAUCUACUAAUAUUUUUAAAAGAAUCAUUUUUUUGCUUUAAAGGAAAAAAAUUCUGAGGUAAAUAGAAAACAUCUGGGACACAUACAGUCAUUGUUACAGGAUGUAAAAUUAUAUAACUUUUCUUUCUUACCUUGUUUGUUGAUGUUAAUAUCAAUGUAAAUACAAAUUUAUAUUUAAACAUUG